CGGACAACCUACCCCUGGGCAGGGGUCUCGGGCAACAGACGGCAAUCUACCCCUGGGCAGGGGUCUCGGGCAAAAGGCAGACAACUCACCCCUCAGCUGGAGGGGUCUCAGGUAGGGUCAGGCGGUCUCCCCUUAGCUUGGGGGGUUGCAGAUAGCUGGCAGGCAGUGUCCUCUCAGCUGGAGGGUCUCUGGUAGGGUCAGGCGGUCUCCCCUUAGCUUGGGGGUCUCAAGGUAGCUGGCAGGCAGUUUCCCCUCAGCUGGAGGGUCUUAGGUAGGGUCAGGUGUUCUCCCCUUAGC